AUGGGCGCCGGCGCAUGUAUCGAGCCUCUCGUGGUGGCGGCCCUCUUCUUCGGUGGCGCAUGGAUCAACCGAGAGCGAAAUUCGUCUUCCUCUGCUCUCACACGGGCGAAGCAUAAACGAGACGACAACAUUGAAUUCGACCCGUCCAGUCCACCAAUCGAAGACGGUCUACUCACUCCACGAGCUCCUCCACCAGGACAUCUCCACCAGGAUUGCGGCUGGCGAAGUCGCAGGAUUGGACUGUUUGGCUGGCAGAAGGAUGUCCCAUCUCCAGACACUUCGCAAUUUUCGUAUCGGCCGCUCAGCCGCGUCCUAUACAACUUUCCCUUCCUGGUAGAAGUCUGGUAUUGCCUGCUCACAGACUGGAUCUACCAGCUCGGCCGUGCUUUGCUUGUUGAGGGAACUGUUCAUACAGCGCGAAAACAUGCAUUGCAGCUCAUUCAAGUUGAAAAAGCACUGCGCAUCUUCAGGGAGCCGGCGAUACAGAGAUACUUGUUGCAGUACCCGACCACGAUGCACUGGAUCAAUUGCAUCUACAGUCUCAUCCACAUUCCGGGUACCAUUCUGUUUCUAAUCGGGCUGUUUUACAUGACGGUCACGGCGAAUAGAGCGCCGGAAGCAGUGGCUGAGCGGAGCCCGGCUGGACCAGCGCUGUAUCAAGCAAGAAGGCGAACCAUAGCAAUGUGCAAUCUCAUUGCCUUUGUGGUUUUUACUGCGUGGCCCUGUAUGCCUCCGCGUCUUCUCAGUGAUCCAUCAUAUCAAGGGCCCAGUGCGAACAGGGCAAAGAGCUUCAGAUUCGUGGACACGGUCCAUACUGCAGACGGCGAGGGCAGUAUCUGGACACAGAACAAGGUACGUUCAAAAUUCAGCAUGGCCACAGCAAGCCAAGUAGCGUUAGUUGACCCUAUCCACCUUUCACAGUUUGGCAACCAAUACGCCGCAAUGCCGUCCCUCCACUUUGCAUACAGUCUUCUGAUUGGCCUGACGGUCGCACUCCUCCCUAUAGCGUCCCAAAAUCAGACGCGAGUCUCGAGAGUCUGUCGGUGCCGGUUACCAAGCGCCAGAAGAUUGUUCUGCGUGGUCCUAGGAGUCGCAUACCCCCUCACAAGUCUACUGGCGGUAUGUUGCCCAUUUGUUCACAUACAGAGUUGCUGAAUGCGUGCUGACUGCAUUGUCAAGAUCGUUGCCACUGCGAAUCACUUCAUCCUGGACGCUGUUGCGGGGGCGCUUGUCUGUGCUAUCGCUUGGAUUGCGGAGCCUUUCUUGUUAAAUUUGCUGCCUCUGGAAGACUGGUUUCUGUGGUGUUUGCGGAUGCAUAAGCCCGCCGUAGAGGUUGAUGCGCGUGGUUCUUGGGACGAGAAAUAG